UCGGAUUGGAUGUUUCACAUGCCUGACCACUCAACAUUUGUCACAACAUGAUUGUCUUUUGCACUGCACCUGCCCUGCUCUGCCCCUUGUUUUCCUAAAUUACAUCCUGACUAUGACUGCCACUCAAAUUGGUGGUUGCAACUUGCACAGCUCUCCUCUUACAAAUACCAGGCCCUUCACCUGCUCAACAAUCACAACCCUCUUCCAUUCUAGUUUAUCUUUCUGUAAAAGCUUAAAUCCAUUUCCAUGGCAUCUACCUCUACUUCUAGUCAUAUUAAUGAGCAGAAUGAACAUACAAAUCCAUUUGAUGAAAUUGUUGUAUCUUCCUCCACUUCUACUACACCCUCACUGGGAACCCUGUUUUGAUUGCUGUUCUCCCUUUCUCUCUCUCUGUUCUACUCGAAACCAUUCUAAUUCUUUUCAAGAGAUCGCACCAUCUCCAUCUGAACCACAUGCUUUUGACCAGGUUAUACCAUCUACAUCUAUUUCUGGUAGAUCCACUCCAAUGCCACACAGAAAACUGCCCUACGAUGUGUUUAUUAAUCAUCGUGGCCCAGAUGUCAAACAAACACUCGCAGCCACUCUCUAUAAGCCCCUCACGGGCAUGGGAUUGAGGGUUUUUCUUGAUAAUGAAGAGCUUGAAUUUGGGAUUUUUUGCCCAGAGAAAUAGAAGAGGCAAUGCACACUGCUUCGCUGCAUAUAGCUAUAUUUUCUGAGAAUUAUGCACAAUCCUCAUGGUGUUUGGCAGAGCUUUCAUACAUGCUAAAAACGGGCACUCAAAUCGUUCCUGUUUUCUAUCAUGUUCAGCCUGAUGAUGUCAGAUAUGCAAAAGGAGUUUUUGCUGAGGCGUUUUCCCGGCAUAUGAAAAAGGGUAGAUACACCAAGGAAAAGCUUGAGGAGUGGAAGAAUGUGCUCAACAGUGUUUCAUAUAAUGUCGGUUUUGUUCAUAAUGUUGUGUGAGUACCAAGCACUCUUCUCUCUAGCACUUAUCCUCUUCUUAUCAAUUCCUUCCUGAUUGGUUGCAUGUUUAUUUGUUUCUUAUUUUUCGUUACACAUGUCAUCUUAAGUGAUGUUUGGUCUAUUUUGUUUUGCUGCUGUUGUAUAUGCUUAGUGAUGAGGGGAUCCUGAUGAAGAACAUUGUUCGUUCUGUUUUGAAAGUAAUAAAAAAAGUGUCGUUUGUGGUUGCCAACCAUCCAAUUGGUCUAGAUGAAACUGUCAUAGACUUUGAAAGGACAACUCUUCAAUCCACAGAGAGCCAUAACAAUGUCCAAAUUGUAGGAAUAUGGGGCAUGGGUGGUUCUGGCAAGACCACUCUUGCCAAACAGUUAUAUAAUGAUAAAUAUAGAACUGUGGGCAAGUCUAGUUUUUUAUUAGAUGUUAGGGAUGCUGCUUCUAAAAGUAAAUUGCAUAAGAAACAGAAAAAGCUUCUAGAGGAUCUUGGUAUCUCAGGAGAAUCAAUUGACAAUGUAGAAGAAGGGAAGGGGAUUCUUGCUAGCCGUUUGCGAUAUUCGGGUGCUUAUCAUUCUAGAUGAUGUGGAUAGUGUAGAUCAAUUGAAUGCUCUAGUGCCUAAGAAGGAUAGUCUUGGAUUGGGUAGCUUGAUUGUAGUCACUUCAAGAGAAUUAGAAGUCUUUCGUUGUUGGGACAUUUCAUCCAUCUAUAGAAUGAAAGAAUUGGAUCGACCUCAUGCCAAGCAGCUCUUUUGUUGGCAUGCUUUCUUGCAGCCCUCUCCGCACCAAGAACUUGAAGAUCUAGUUGAAAAUUUCCUAGAUGUUUGCCAUGGAUUACCAUUGUCUCUAAAAGUUUUUGGAGCACAACUAUAUGGUAUCUCCAAGAAAGAUUAUUGGGAAAUUCAAUUGCACAAGGUCUCUAGAAUUUUACCCAAAGAUAUCAAAGAGAGAUUAAAAAUCAGUUAUGAUGCGCUAGAUAACGAGAAGCAGAUAUUCUUAGAUGUUGCCUGUUUCUUUAUUGGAGAGGAAGUAAGUUCAGCUAUUACAGCUUGGGACGGAUUGGGAUGGAAUGGUCAGCAUAGUUGGGAACAACUCUUAAAUAAGUGUCUUGUUGAACUCAAUGAUGACCGUAUAAGAAUGCAUGACCACUUACACGAUUUGGGAAGAGAAAUCGCAAAUCAUCAGUCACCCUACCGCCUGUGGUCUCCCCAACAAAUUAUUAAUGUUGGUAAUGAAGUACAGAGAAUUGCAAUUCGAGGAAUAAUAGCCACAGCGGUUGAAACCCCAAGCGAGAAUGAGGGGUUUCUUCGAUGUUCUGAGGAUGGAAAGCUUAUAGUUAAGGCAAGUGGAGUAAAUUAUAGCCUGGAACCCUCUUCGCUUGGAUUAAAAUUUUUGCACGUUAGACGAAAUCAUCAUAAUCAAGUAAUCGGUGAACUAUCACGAGAGCUGGUAUGGCUUCGCUGGCAGGACAUUGAGCAGAGAAAUCUUCAGUCAUUGAGUUCACUUAAAAAUUUGAGGGUUUUAGAACUCAGCGAAACUUGGAAUGGGGAACAUCACUUAGAAAAACUAUGGGAAACUGACAGCAAUGCUCCUGUGCAGUUAAGAGAGCUGUUUAUCAGAGACUGCCCAAACUUUCAAGUACUUCCAAAGUCAAUAGGAUGUCUUGAACAUUUGAAAAAGAUAAUCAUUAGUAGGAAUAAGAUAAGGAAGCUGCCGGAAGAAUUUUGUCUUCUUCAAUCGCUGGAGCACCUGGAGUUGGAUGGUUCAGAGCUAUCAUCAUUACCCAGCAGUUUUGGUGAUCUAAAAAACCUAAGGCAUCUUGCUUUUUUCAAUUGCCAGAAAUUGAGGAGGUUGCCAGUCUCGUUUAAAGAGCUCACACUCCUACAACACCUCUUCUUACAGUGCUGUUAUGAACUCACCUUAGAGUCAGACAUUCUGGAAAACAUGACAAGGCUAGUGUAUUUCAUUAUCGAUGGUAGCAAUCAAUUGGAAGAGUUGCCUCGUCACAUUACAAAUCAACCCUCCUUGACAGAGCUAUGUUGUUAUUCAAAGAAGUUAAAGGAGAUACCAGUGAACAUCGGUCAACUGAGCAAGUUGCGAAGAAUGGAUAUAAGAAGUGAAUUGAUGACAAGCCUGCCGACGUCUAUUGGAGAUUUGUCUUCCUUGACUUAUCUUCAUAUUUCUUAUUGUCACAAGCUGGAAUGUCUACCUGAGUCUCUGGGGCGCCUUGAUCUCUUAAGGAAUUUAAGAAUGGAUUUUGUAGGAGUGAAAUCCUUACCAAAGUCAUUAGGGCAACUAAUUAAUCUUCAAAAGUUGGAGAUAAUGCGUUGCCCAACCGGUGAAUUGGAUCUUGGGGCAGGGUUGUUUACAUGUUUGAAGGAGAUAUACCUUAAGUCAACUGAAGUGUCCAAGAUCUCCAUCUCUGAAGACUCUCCUCUCGAGUGGCUCAGAUUUUGGGAUAAUGGACAUCUAAAGGAAAUAGAAGUCCUACCAAAUACACUCCAGCACAUAAGUUUGAUGAGGUGCCCCAAUUUGGAUGUGCUUCCUAGUUUUGCACAAUUAGGUUCUCUCGAAAGUUUCAUCAUCAAAGGCUGCUACAGAGUAAAGAAAAUACCAGGUUUGGAACAUUGCAGAGCAAUGGAAAGAUUGAGAAAAGUGGAACUCCAAGCAAUCAACAGAUCAAGUUUCGAAGGUUUCAUUCAUAGCAUGCAGAAAUGGCCAAAGGAAGAAAUAAUAGUGUGCACGCGAGCAGUCCCUGAUGCGGCCACAAUUGUAAACUCGUUUGUAAACUCCUUUCCCAAUCUCUCUGUGGUUGACUCCUUCGCUAACCAAAAACUGAAGUCCGACCCAUUUCUCAAAUGGCCCUCCGCUGCUCGCUGUAUUCUUCUAUGUUUUGUUGUGAAUUGUUAAUCUCAAAUAACCUCGUUACGGCCGGCAUACAGUACUGAAAAUGCGGAUAAAACAAUUAUGGGGCACUCUGAUGUGAUGGUGUUGGAGGAGGGUAAAUGGGUAUGGACAGCUCUGUUAACGAAACAUUCAUGGUUCCAUAAGGGCAUUUCAGGUGAGACACAACCACGGGUGCACAUAUGUGAAGAUGGUCGUGGUGUAGGAGAAGUGGAGAAAGGAGUAGUUGUGAUGGGAGAAGAGGAGAGCGUUUGGGAGGCUUUCACCGGUUUAUGUGUUGUCCUAGCAAAUUAAGAAUAUUGUCAAUAAUAUUGAUAGACAUGUGAAUUAAAUAGAUUCAUUGGAACGAAAACA